AUGUCGUCCUCUUCGGAAAUGAACAAAUACUGGAUCCCACACCUCGACAUCCACAAGAAGGUCAUUACCCAAGAGCUGCAAUAUUAUCUUGGGCCUGGAGCGACUGGCGAGGAUGGGUUCCUGAUCACAACCCCGGGACCGUGCUUGACAGAUGAGCAAAUCGACGACAUCUGCGUGAAGUCCAAGGAAAUGUGGGAACGGCAGGCUGCCGCCAGGGCCCAGACCAAGCCGGAGAAGCCGCUGAAGCGCCCACUCCACCAACCGGUGCUAAUCUCCAAGGCAGUAUCCGGCGACUUGUCGAGAAAGAGCAGAGACGAUCGUUGGCGGAACGAUACAUGUCGCCGGCAUGACGAGAGACGGCGAGACUGGAGCUGA